GCGUUCUGAGCAUGCGCAGAAUUCUCUCCACAGAGAUUUUGCUUUGUUGCUUUAUUUUUAUUAUUAUUAUUUUUAAACCUUCUAUUUCUGUUGGGGUUAUGUUAUUAUGUAUAAUAAUAGUAAUGUGUUUUUAAAUUUGUAUAAUUAUUGGGUCAUAGAUAGAUUGUUCUGUUUGUUAGUUUAAAUAGACUUCAUGUUAGUUUCUUGGUAAAAAUAGGUAGGCCUAAUUGAUUAGUACUAUGGGAAAUGAAGUUAUAGAGUGUACAAGCCAACGCGGUUUUCCAUUAUUUUCUGAUGGAAAUGGGUAUUGGUACCGAGUUAGAAUACGAAAACCCCGUCUAUGGAGAUUAAGUUGCUAUACAUCAAAUUGUAGAGGAAAUGGCAUUUUAUAUUUGACAGAUGGCGAAGAGGGUAGGCGAAUAAAACAUCUUUCAAUACAUACUUGUACUCCUAAUACUUCUCUACCAGAAGCGUUAAGUUUGAGAAGAAAUAUUUUAAAGAGGUGUUGUACUGAAAAAAGGGGCACUUUGCGCAAAAUUUUCCACGAAGAAUUAACAAAAAGUGAUGUUCCUCCAGAGGUCGCAUCCCAGAUCAGUUACAACACGAUUGAGAGUAGCAUGUAUAGAGCAAGGAAGAGUAUUGGGAGUGGAUCAUCAAAAGCGACGACAUCCCAGUCCAAGACUCCGUCAAGUAGAGACGACGUCAAUCAGGGAAUUUGGUCAAGCGAAGACGAGGAUUGCAGCAAGUCCAAAGUGCAAAGGAUUGACGAAAAGUUCCCGCCGAUACCAGUGAAUAUGAAAGACUUCAUCAGAUCACUAACUGAAUACGAGGACACAUUCCUUGACGUUUAUGGGGAGAAUUUUCUGAGUGGGGUGGUGGGUGAAGGGGAGGAAGUGGCUGUUGUAUUCAUAAUAAAACAGCUGAUCGAAGUGAUGACGGCAGACGGUGCUGAACUUCAUAUGGACGCCAAUUAUAAGCAUUUGCCGGAGGAGCCCGAGAUAGAACAGAUGCUCACAAUCAUGGUGACGCACCAGGAUUAUGCAUUUCCGGUUGUGGUUGCUAUGAUGACCAAGAAAUCAGCCAACUUAUAUUACCUAAUUCUGAACCACGUGAAGGAAACAAUUCCCGACCUAGCGCCUCAGACCAUAGUUAGUAAUCAUGACUCCGACUUGCUGACAGCUAUUGCCGAGGCGUUUCCACAGAAAAACGGAACCAAGAAUGUUGUCUGUUGGUUUCAUUACACACAGAGUAUAUACAAAAAGGUUCUAUAUCUCGGCUUGGCAAUGCUGUCCGGAUCAGAUGUGUAUGUGAAAAAAACAACGCAGAUGAUAGUCGCUCUUGCACUCCUGCCUCCUGCUUUAGUCGAAGAGGGAAUGGACUGCAUCGAGUCCUACUUCCAAGACAAUCUUGACAAUCAAGGCAUAUCUGACAGAGAUCUUCAAAAAAUUGAUUCAUUAUUCAGCUACGUGAGGGAUUAUUGGUUGGGCGAAAUUGGCAGUAAUUCUAUGUCAGUUUACGGACAGAGAAGUAGAACCAACAAUUUCAUUCACAGCUACCACAAGCGGCUCAAGGCCUAUCUUGGCGGAGUAGAACACCCCAAUAUCUGGAGUUUUCAGAAGUGUCUAGUAGGUAUGGCGAGAGAGGCUUACACUGAUGUAUUGCGAUUAGAGAACCAUCCAGUUUUGCGAAAGAGACGAAAGGCGAAAUGGGACGUCCAAGACAGGAUCAUCAAAAAUUUGACCAACCAGCUGAUGGCGAAUCCUCCGCAGCUAAACACCUUCGAAUUCCUGAGCGCAUUGGCGAACCGGUGUAAAACCAGGGAGGUUGUAGGAGAAGAAAGUAUUCAAGUUCUUCUCGUCGAUUUCGAAGAUUUUGAAGCCGACCAAAACGUUGUUGAAAUUCCUUUUGAAGGGAGUUUAUAAUUACCACGUGUGAAAGAAACCUGAAGCAUCUCAUUAGAUAUCUUAUAGUAAAUUAUAUGAUUGUAUUUCAUGUACAUAUGAUAUCACUUACUAUCAAUCUGUAAUAAUUGAUCAGUUGCGACCUAAAAACUCUGACACCAGACCUGAGCCAGCCAGGUCACUCCAUAUUAUUUUUAUUAUUAUAUAUAUUUUUUUAACACAUUAUCAUUGCAAUGUUAUGCUUUUAUUAUUUGGUUUUAUCCUGUUCUUGAAACUAGAGUUAAUUAUCAAGGAUCGGCACAGUUCAAUUCAAUCCAUUUCAUACAAUUUCUAUAGAAAAUAUCAGUCAUAUCUCACCCAUUAAGAUGGAUUUGUACACAACAGUGACAGUGAAAAUAUAAUUUCUACGAGUUCUUAUGGUAUUAUUCAUACUCACCCGGCCGGGCUGAGUGUGAAUAAUCCAAUUCGAACUAGUGGGAAUUAUAUUUUUACUGUCGCGAGCGAAUCCAGCUUUAAUCGAUUUGAUCACUCGUGAGUUAUCAAUGGUUUUAGUAGUUUCUCUUUAUCACUGUUCAAUUUCUGUUGUAGAAAGCUCUACAUAAAUUCCAAUUUCAUGGUAAAAUUUUCAUUCCUUAGUAAUAAAUUGAUUAAUUCUUCACUCUUUUAUCCUAUAGUGAGGUCCACGUUAUAAUGGCAGUGUGUGAUUUGCAAUGGUGUUGCUAUCCUUGUCUAUCAUUCAACAAAGCAGAUGGCGCUAUCUCUUUCACGCUUUGCGAUGUUGUCACAUCGUUUAUGAACAAUGUACAAAUUCAACUAAUUGACAAAAUAUUUUAUCUCAAUGAUGAAAAUUUAUUAUUACAUCUUUAAAAAAUAUAUUUUCUUGGCAAAUAAAAUAUUAUUAACUAUUUUCAACAAUAAUGAACAGUUAAAUUGAUCAGGUAUACUAGUAUCAGCUGUUUGGGUGGCAAGGCUGAGAUCUGGCAACCCUUUUCUCCUAUCUUCCUACACUGCCAUUAUAACUUGGACCACACUAUAUAAGUGAAUAGGAUAAAAGUGACAGGAUGAAGGUUGAAGAAACAAACAUUAUAUUAUUCCCAGCUGUCUGAAUAAUUUUAUUAUUUAUUUCUGUUUAUUUAUUCAAUAAUACAUAGUAUUAUUAAACUGGACUAAAUGUGACAAUUUUGUUUUUAAACGGAUUUAGAUAUAAUAGUUUUAAUAGAAAAAUUCUAUGUACCUAGAAUAAAUGUACUGUAUUAUGUAUUCAUAAUGUAUUCUGGGUACCUUGGGAAAAAUUUUCAACAGUAUAUUAUUAAAUAAAAUGUUUGGUUUCUUAUACUGUAAAAAAACACGUUAAAAACGCUGAUGAGCUGCGAUGACUAAUCAGAAAUUUUAAAAAUCAAAGAAAAGUCAUGUGAAAAAUU